AUGGCCGAAUCGAGAGGACCCAAUAGCACCCAAUCCAGAAAUUUCCCCUCUUCAAGCCCGAAACCCUCCUCAUAUUCUUCUAAAUCAACCUACAACUCCGAUUCAUAUAAUGGGUCUUUCAUGGAUGAUCACGAAACUCUCUUUAGCAAUUCGAAACCCCAGAACUUUGGUGAUGAUUUUGACAUUUUUGGUGGUUUUCAAAAGAAUUCAAAACAGACAAGUACUGGGGCUGGCUUCGAUUUUGAUUCUGUGUUUUCAAGUACUAAAAAUGUGAGUGCGAAAUCCUCGUUUGAUGAUGAUAUAUUUGGUGGGCUAAAUGGGUCUAGAUCAUCAGUUAAUAAUAAUAACAACGAGGACGGUAUUUUUGGGGCGUUUACUUCUUCUUCAAAGGCCGCAAAGCAAAGUGCACCAGCUGAUGACUUGUUGGGGGGUUUUGGCACAAAAUUGAAGCCUCCGAGCCGGAAUGGAUCUGUUGGUUUUGAUGAUUUGAUACCUGGGUUUGGUGCUAGCAACUCAUCAAGAGAAAACAUACAGACAGCUACACCAGCAUUUAACUUGUCAGAGGACCCUUUUGUAGUACUCGAACAAACUUCAACCACAACAAAAUUGUUCACAGACCCACUGGAGGAACUCAGUAAGUUUAAUCAUUCUGGAAGAACAGAACCUGCUGUUUCAUCAAGUCGUUCACCACCAUUGAGACCCCCUCCAAAACCAGGACAAGUUUUGAAGACAGGAAAAAGUUCGGAUGUUUCUGCCAUAGAUGAGCUGGAAGACUUUGCCAUGGGUAGGAUGCAAAACAUUGCUCGUGGUGGGUCUAAUGGUCGUCAUGCUAGGGAAGUACAGGGGAGUGCAGAUGAUCUAGAAUCAUUUUUUGGCAGGUCUCGGUCCAGCAGUGUACCAAAGUCAAGGUCUGAAGUUCCGGACCCUCUAUUUGAUGCAAAGAUAAGUGGAAAAGGAAAGCCUGAAUUCCCCCUUAAAAAGUCUUCCAGUCCCUCACCUGGCAUAAGGAAGGCUUCUUCUGCAACAAAUGUAAUUGGUGACCUUUCAUCAAUUUUUGGAGAGAAUUUGAGGAAGUUGAUGGGGAAAGUGAAGAAAGAAGGAAAGCCAGAUGGGAUCGUCACCAGAGGACCUGGGAUCGAACAAGCAGUUGCUGAUAUGAACCAGCGUGACCUUCAAACUUUGCACGAGCAAGAGGAGAGGCGUAGGAUCGCUGACAAAAUGGAUGUUCAGAUAAAGCGUUGGGUUGCAGGGAAGGAAGGCAAUAUGCGUGCACUUCUAUCAUCAUUGCAGCAUGUGCUUUGGCCUGAGUGUGAAUGGGAACCAGUUUCACUGACAGAUUUGAUCACCUCUGCCUCAGUAAAAAAAGUCUAUAGGAAGGCAACAUUAUAUGUCCAUCCCGACAAAGUUCAACAGAAAGGUGCUACUAUUCAACAAAAAUAUACCGCCGAGAAGGUUUUUGAUAUCCUCAAGGUACAGUAUGAAUUUCCUAGAGUCAAAGUUAGGAAGCUUGGAACAAGUUCAGUGCAAUACCUCCAUUACGACAUGAAUCUCGAGGCUUGUUGCCGAGAGAUGCUUAUUGAAGAUCGCUUCUGUUGUGUAUGGUGGUGUAAAUUAACACUUCUUCUAGAAACAUCAGGUUUUACAACAUUUAUAGAAGCCUUUCCUGGGAAAAGUUUCAACUACCAUUUGCCAAUUGCAUUGAUGCACAAUUUGGAGAAGCUGACAAAGGAGGUGUUGGGAGUUGACUUUGUCAAGCCUAGGAGGAUCACUUGGUAUGAUCCUGUUACUCACGACAAUCCAUAUGGUGGGGAUAUGGUCAUAUGGGCAACAGCUGAAGCUUGUCUUGCAUAUGAGAUGGGAUCAAAUUAA